AUGGAGGGCCUCUUUUCGCUACCAAUCUUCUUCAUCAGCUUCCGCGAAGCCCUCGAGACAGGCAUCAUCGUAUCCGUGCUUCUCGCCAUCAUCAAGCGGACCUUGAGCCCCCAAGAUGUCGACGCGAGCCUCCACGCCACCAUGGUCCGCCAAGUCUGGCUCGGCACCGCCAUCGGCAUCCUGACCUGCGUCCUCCUCGGCGCCGCCAUCAUCGGCGGCGUUUACGGCCUGGCCGCCGAACAAGUCAGCGGCGCCGAGGCCCUCUGGGAAGCCGUCUUCUCCCUCGUCGCCUCGCUCGUCAUCACCGUCAUGGGCGCCGUCCUGCUCCGCGUCGGCAAGCUGCAGGACAAGUGGCGCGCCAAGUUGGCCAGGGCCAUCAAGUCGAGCGGCAGCGAUGCUGGCCCGGGGCGAUCCGGCAGCCUCGUUGACCGGGUGAAGUUUCUUGGGGAGAAAUACGCGCUCUUCAUCCUUCCCUUCAUCACUGUCAUGAGGGAGGGGUUUGAGGGGAUCCUCUUCAUCGCCGGUGCUGGCUUUGGUCUCUCGGCCUUGUCUAUCAUCGUGUCGGCUUUGGCUGGCUUUGUCGUUGGAGGAUUCGUGGGAUAUCUGAUCUACAGGGGCUCCAACGUGGCACCCAUCCAUUAUUUCCUCGUCUUCUCCACCUGUCUACUAUACCUAGUCGCUGCCGGUCUGUUCUCCCGAGGAAUCUGGCACCUGGAAGCGAACGAGUGGAAUCAAAUCGUCGGGGGAGACGCAGCCGAACUCGGCUCAGGGCCUGGCUCGUACGAUAUCCGCAAGAGUGUCUGGCAUGUCAACUGCUGCAACCCCUACCUCGACGGCGGCGGCUUCUGGGGCAUCUUCAACGCCGUCCUCGGCUGGCAAAACUCCGCCACCGUCGGCUCCGUCGUCUCCUACAACCUCUACUGGGUCGCCGUCGCCGCCGGCUUUGUCUUCAUGGGCUUCAAGGAGAAGCGCGCCGGCCGACGCCGCAGCGAUGCGCCCGCGUCACAGCGCACGCGGUCAGUGGAAGCUGGCGAUCACGAGCCCCUGCUGGCCCACCCCGCGAGGUAG